AUGACGUUAUCGAAAAAUAAAACAUUUCGAUAUAUAGUUUUAUUUUUAUUUGGAUUAAUUUGUAUAAAUUUUUUUAUACUUUCCAAAUUGUUUCCAAUCGCAGAUAGUCGUGAUGAUGAUGUAAAACAAUAUGAUAGCGUACAAGAAUCAUCAUGGACAUAUACAAUGAAAUAUUUCUAUUUCAAAUUUCAACAGCGUAUUGAAGAUGAAAAAAUAGUUGAACAUAAUAUUAAACUUACAUUACCAAAUUAUAAUAAUUAUACUAGACAACAAUUUACAGAGAUUCCGUAUCGUUAUUCUUCUUGGCGUUCUUCACCAAAUUUAGCUCGACGACUUACUUCAUUUGAUCAUUACAUAUAUACAGAAUUGCUUAUUAUUCUUGAUCAUUUCUUUCGUCGUCAUCAAAUAACAUAUCUGAUAACAGAUGGAACAUUGCUAGGUAGCUAUACACAUCAUGAUUUUUUACCAUGGGAUGAUGAUGUUGAUUUACGUGUUUCAAAUCGUGAUCGACAGCGUAUGCUCAAUCUUGCUUCUCAAGAACUUAGAAAUAUUAUUAGUGUAGCAGAUGUUACUGAAGAAUAUGGAACUUAUCAUAAAUUUUAUUUUCCUUGGUCACCGCAAGCAGGUAAACAAAAUUGGUCUUAUCCUUGUGUUGAUGUGUUCUAUUUUGAUGAAAACUCUACUCAUAUAUGGAGAGUAAAUUCUGAUGAAAAGUCAAUGAAUGAUUGUCCUGUAUCUAAACAUAAUAUAUUUCCACUUGUUUGGCGUCCUUUUGGACGAAUCUGGUUGCCUGCCCCACGAGAACCACUAAUCAUUUUUGAAAUACAUCGAUGGACAACAAUAGGAGAAUGGUAUUAUGCUAAGAAUUAUUCACAUAAAUAUGAACGAACAUUAUCAAUUAUGAAUGAUCGUGCACGACCCCAUGAACUUUAUCCAUAUUAUCCUUGGGUACAACGAUCUUGUUCUCAAACAUAUUGCAUUGAACAAUUGAUCACAAUGUACAAUAAUACAAAUGUUACAAUACAUACUGUUCAAUUUGAAAAAUAUAGAACAAAAUUAAUUAUCAAUCCUAAAUUUGAGAUUAAAAAUUGUUGGUUAUAA